CGACGCUCAAAGCACACCGCGAUAUCGGAGCAAUCACGUGUUUAAAAACAACGCAGAAAAUUCGUCUGCGAGACCGAGUUUCCGAAAAGUAUUUCAAACAUUUAACCGAAAUUUUCGCGGCGAUAUGUUUAUAUUUUUGUGGUUUUUAACUUUAUAAACAUUCAUUUCGUUUUUUACUUCAAGGUUACAUCCUGGGGUCAUCAUACGUCGCUUCAACUCCUCAGCGACGCAGAGGCGGCGAAAAAAGGGGGCCCGACUGGGGGCCCACACAGCCCCCCCAAAACAACAAGUACGGCCCUGGCAGCGGAUAUGUGCACGCCGAGUGGGAAAAGGGCCGCAGUGGCCUUCCCGACAUGGAGGUGGAGGUACGAGAAGAUACCUCUUCAGGACUUGGUCCUUUCCAGGACGACUCCACCUCAUCACUGGUCAACAAUACGCCCACAUAUCCUGUGGCAGAUCCUCCAGUGGUGAUCGUACGUGUCGAAGAAGUGCUGCUCGUGGCCCUGGUCCUGGUGAUUUGGGUGGCCGCGAUCGCCCUGUUUUUCAACAGGUGGGGCAAGAUCAGGAUGCUCGAGCCGUACCAGCCCAAGUUUCACCAGCAGCCCCAUAGGCCGUCGUGCCCCCUCGCGCCGCUGAGCCCCCCCGGAAUUUCCGCACAAGUGAGCAACACUUUGCCCAGGACUCAGAAACCGACAUCACAACGCAUGUCCUUCUCCAAAUACAACGUGAACGCAUUGACUGACCCCCUCUCCGCCCUCCCCUCCCCCAUCAUAAGAAAACCGCGAAGAAACAGCGUUUUCGUGGGUUCCACCAUGACCAUCUUGAAUCCGCCCCCAAGAAGAGUCAAGUCGGCGGUGGACAUCCAGCAUUUGUUAGUGAACGAGCAUCCGAUGGGCAGUUCGCUAACAGGUAUGAGAAAAGGUUCUAUAAUUCCAAUUAUUAAUAGAGAUAGAAGAAGCCCAUCCAUCACCAUAGAUCGACCUAUAUUUAUAAACCGACAUAGACCAUCUAUAUCUAUUGAACGACCCCCAGUCAUGAUCCAUAGGCCUCGUAGAUCUUCGUGUUUUGUAGGGUGCGCUUCAUCGCAAAAUCACCGAAAUUUCGCCAGUUUUGAGCAUCCAAAAAUCGAAAAAAAAUAUGGGGAACGACCCUCAGCUAGUUACCCGAACAGUUUUCAACAGCCUACUAUUAGUUUCGAGUCGCCAAUGGAAUCGGUAGAGUCUUCUAUAGUUGUAGAAGUUCCCAGAAGAGAUUCCGUGAUCGCCCGCCCGAAAAUUUCGCGCAGCUUCGAGCAACCGCCAGGUAAAAAAAUGACGCACGAGCGGUCCUCUAACAGUCUUGACGUGAGCUCGUCUAGCUUCGAGCGCCGGUGUUCGAUUCCCGAAGAAGACCGACCGUCGUCGCCUACUUUCAUCUAUCUCGACGAAACCCGAAUAACUGCUCCACUUUUGCAGGGACUUAAAAGCUCAGACGUCUAAAUGAAAAAAUCGAUUUUUAUAGGUAUUUUUUGUAUUUUCGUAUACAGAACUUUAAAAGGUAAGAUUAAAUAUUUUUGUUUUAAGUUGGCACAAAAUAGUUUGUUUAAUUAUUUUUGCGUUAAAAGAAUAAGAAUCCAAGUUACAUAUUCUUAUUAAAAAAAAUCUGGCAACACUGUCAAAAAUAAACUUGAUUCUUAUUUAAUUUACGCAUUAUAUCGCUCAAUCGUACUAUUAUAUUAAAAAAAUCCUGAUAAUUUAUUACAUCUAAUCCCAAAAAGCAAGCCUUUUAUCUGAACGAUAAAUCUUUUAGCUUUAAAGUUUAAUCUAUAAGAGACAUAAAAUUUAUUUGUCUGCUUAAAGCAAAAAAACUAAACGUUUUAACGGCAUAUCAUGUAAACUAAAGGUUAAACGUUUGUGAUUGUUUUAUAAACGGUCUUGUGCACAAAGGCUUUGCCAAGCCAACAAAUUUUAACUUCUAUUUGUGCAUACGGCCAUUUGUGGUAAAAAAUAUCAUUGUUGAAAUUUUUUAGUAUCCCGGCGCAUCCGCCAUUUUUGUAACUGUUUAAGAUUAUGUAAAGUUAAUUUUUUUUAUCUGAACGGCGGCAACGUUGCAAAUUUAGGGGUUUGGUUAAGUUGUCAAAAUUCGUAGUUAAAAAUGCAAUUAAUUUGGCUUGCGAGCUAGUGCUUAAAUUAAUGAGUGUAUAGAAAAGUUUAUAAACGAGGUACAUACUAUACUUUUUCUACGACAAAUACUUAUUAUCUUAAAAUGAUUUAAAUCAAAAAUUUGUAUAGAGCGCCAUCUAUGAAACAAUAGGGGAAUCUGUGUGUCACUGUCAAAUGUCACAUAUAUUUUAUAAACACAGAUUAUAAAGGUUAUAAAUCGAAAUGUAUUUCUUGAAAAUUGACAGUUUUCCCCAGUGAAAGUAAAGAAAAUGUUUUAUGAGCACUUUACAGUGGAGUCCGUGCCCGAAUUUAAGUUAUAGUUUAUUGCCGGCGAAAUUAAAAGGUCAGUACAAUGUUCAUAUAAACUUUUCAAAUAUUGGCGUUGAGAAACUAUUUAAUACUUUUGUAUUUUUGUAUUGAGAUAAAAAAAUAAUUUUCACAUUUAGUAUUAUUUUACAAGAAAGGCACUUUAUUUUAACGUUUGUAUGACAUUUGACAACUGUCAACUAACUUAAAACUAACUUCAGCCCGUCACUAAAAACCUGUUGCUAACUUCAGCCCGUGACUAAAGUGCAAUAAAGCCACAACUUGUCAAUGUGUAUUUAAAAGGUCACUUAGUGUCAUGGAAAUAUUUUACAAUUUAAUAUGGCCUCUUACAGAAAUAUUAUUUUUCACUUUAUAAGUUUAUAUAAGUGCUUAUUAAUACUUUUUUAAACCACCUUUAACCUUAAAAAUGUUCCACAUCAAAUAUGGUUUUCUUUCGUAAAAAUUACUUACCACAUCAUUGAGAAAAAAUGUAUGGCUGUUAAAGAAAGUAAAAAAUUCAUAAUCAGUUUUUUAAUAACAAAUUUUAAUUUAAUAACAAAUUUACUAAAAUUGGGUACAAAAUAUUUUUGUUAAAGAUAAGAUAUAUACGUUUGGUUUUGAUACCAAGCUUUUCGGAUUAAAAUUUUGAAAAGCAAAUAACAUACAAAAUGUACUGUGUAUAUAGGACCAAAAUCCUUAAAGCUUCACUAUACUUAUACGUCCUAAAUAAAGCUUGAAAACCCAAAAUAAAUCAAUAUGAUUUAAGAUUAUAUCACGCAAAAACAUGUUCUUUUAAAUAUCCUUGCAAUUUUUUACUUGUUUCUUGCUUCUAAAUAAAGUGGGUCUCACAUCACUUACAUCUUUUGUCUUGUGUGCUCAGUACAUGCCGUGUAAACUUUUUGAUCAAGUGCGAGGCUUUUAGAGGUGUCACGACAAACAAAAGCCUUUUCCUCAACUUUGCUUUAGUUUCCUAUAGUAACGCCGAGUUUUCCGUUUUUACGCUGUUUAUUUGCUGAUUAUUUAUUGGCUGGGCUUUCUUAUGGCGAGUUAUGACAAGAUGUUUGUAAUGAACAAUGAUAUUUUUUACUACAUGGGGUGUCAAAAAUACAGUGAAUUUAUUGUUUAACUUAUGUUUUACUAUUAAUUACUUUUGUAUGUCCUUUCUGGACAACACAAUUUUUUGAUUUAUACGCAUUACAAUUUUAACAUCAAUUUUAAUAUUUUUUGACACCCUAUCAUAACUAUUUUCUUCUUUUUAGUCAAUAUGACUGUAUGAGUCAAAAUUUGACACGAGUCCAUCCUUUUUGUACAAUUUAAAUAACCAAAUAUGUAUUUAUCAAUGUUAAAAAUAGAAAUUAUAGAACAUAUUUAUAUUGUGAUAUACUAACUUAAAACAUCUAGAAACGUAUUUAAAAAACUAGGACCAAAUCUUGACCCAUUCUUUUGUUUCCCCUUUAUGAUAACAUCCUGUUUACUUUUUUCCUAUAUUUAAUAAAUAUUGUAUAUAUACAGGGUGUCAUUUAACUUGAAACUUUGAAAUGUCUCAGUUAGUGUUAGUGUUCAAUUUUUCUUCUGUAUACGAUUCUCCAAUAAUUUUUGAAUAAAACACUUGUUUUUUUAAAUUUAUUUAUUUAUUUAUUUAACUCUUUUUUUCGGUUGAACACUCCCGUUUGUAGUAAACUGC